AAACCAUAUGCCCAAAGUGUUCGGAGAAACAGUGCAGGUUUUCCUCUUCUCUUUUUUAGAGACGAUAAAAUAAAGGGACUGCGUAAUUUAGAAUUUGGAGACAAGCGGAAGGAUUUAGGAAAUACCCUCGUCACUUUCGCUUCGUGCUCUUGGUGUUGUUUUUUAGGUAGCCUAACUUGCCUACUCAGUGGAUAUGCAUAGGUCCCAUCUUUAGCACUCUAUGGUGCCCUUAACUGCGCCUCGAGUUUAUGGACCCCCGCUCAAUGAUGACUAUGAGUUCAUUGUCGGGCAGUCUGGUUGCUUCUGAUCCCUCCAAAUCGGCCUUUCUGGAGUUCGCACACGGCUAUCCCGGCCACCAGCAGCACUCCCCCGGCUUGUCCCACAACCACUAUCCAGCGCACGGCUUGCAUCCGGUCGGACCCUCGCAACACGAUAGCCCCUUUUCUUCCAGCGCGUCAUCCUAUGGCCGCCCGCUAGCCUACCCUUACCACAGCACCGUAAGCACACAGCACCCAAGUGCCUACCUGCCAUACCAGCACAGUAGCCACAACAACGGUCUGGGACACACGAGAAUAGAGGAAACAGAGCUUGAGAAGCCAACCACGGUGAUCGAGAAUGGAGAAAUUCGACUGAACGGAAAAGGGAAGAAGAUCCGAAAACCUCGGACAAUCUACUCAAGCUUACAACUGCAGGCGCUCAACCAGAGAUUCCAGCAAACCCAAUACCUCGCCCUACCUGAGCGCGCCGAUUUGGCAGCAAAAUUGGGACUAACUCAAACGCAGGUUAAGAUAUGGUUCCAGAACAAACGCUCCAAGUACAAGAAGAUCAUGAAGCAUGGCCCGGGCGGACCGGAGGGAGAGCACCUGCACCCUGGGUCAUCCGGGUCACCGUGUUCCCCGGGGAUGCCGCCACUUUGGGACGUUUCCAUGGCAAAUAAGGGGACACCUGCGCCCUCCGGUGGAUACAUGAACAAUUUCGGACACUGGUACCCAAGCCACCACCAGGAAUCUAUGCCGAGAACUCAAAUGAUGUGACGCGAUGUGGGACAAUGGGAUGGAAUUCUAUCCGCUCUCCUCAACUGACUUUACUCAAUUUCAACAUUUAAAUUAGUGUUUCUCCUCCUCUUGUACAUGAACCGCGUAGCCUAUCCACUUUUAAAAAUAGCUCCAACUAUCACAUUAGAGACUUUUCAUUUUUUGUUUGGAUUUCAUCCGAAGUUUUGUCUUACAAUUUCUUGGACAUGAAGAAAUGACUGGAUGGAUUUUGCUUGGAGGCCUAUGUGGAUCUGGAUUUUGUAUGCAGUUCAGUUUAAAAUAAAUUCUCAAUAAUAUCUAUUUUUAAGAUAUCAGCCAUCCGAAGAUCUCACAAGUUUGAGCAUGAAAAUGCCUAACCCUGUCCCCAUGAGUUACAAAGCAAUCUAAGUUAAAUUCAAAGGUUUAAAUUUCACCUAAGUUUUUAAAAUGCAGUUUGACAGUAACAAAGGAAGGGGAAAUGCAUGGAACUUAUGUGGAGGAAGGUUUUCCGCAAUCUAGAGGUCCUUUGAUGCAAAGACCUAAAUUCAGUUAGGCAUGAGUUUCUAAUUAUUACUAUUAUUACUAUUAGUAGUAGUAGUAGUAGUAGUAGUAGCCUACUAUUAUUAUCAUUAUUAUUAAAGUACAUAUCAAAAUAUGCCAAAAGCGCAACAAAAAAAAAACGGACUUCUAUGGCGCAAUAAAACUAACAUCUCACAUAAGAAAGGGUCAAUUCUUUUACCCUAAAACAUCUGGACAAGCAAUAGAGGGUACUAUUUUAACAUUGACAAUUAUUUUAUAAAAUGGGCAUGUCAAUUAAAGGUAAUUUGGGACAUUCCAACAGUAUAAUUACCAGCAAUUUGCAGGCAACAAAAUAUCCCUCUCCAAAACUGAAAGUCCAUAGGAACUAAUAGGAAAAGGACAAGGAGCAUCCAUCGGCUGUUGCGGGUCUACAAGGCAACGGAAUCGUCAUUAACCCAAAUUACUUGCAGGUGUAAGCUAAUUGUAGCCUAUCAGCAGUCCGACACGAAUAGCUGAAAAAUGAGAGGCAAAAUACAUAAUAGUGCUCGAGUGCAAACCAACUGUGGUGAUUUUUUUCAGUAUAGGACUAACUAUUGAGCACAGAGGUGGCACCACAGGUCCCAGAGUGGUGUGGCGAAAAAACAAUUCUGGGGCCCGUAGUUUUUCUUGAUCUGGUAACCUAACCACGUAAAACUCAAUGCCUUAUAUGACAUGAUUCAUCUCUUGUAAAAAGGUUUAAUAUGGGCUGUGAUGGGACCAGACUUUUUCUAAUCAGGUCACAUGAGUUAAAAAAAAACUCCUGGAAAAACACUGUCAAACUACAGCAACCUUGUACUUGUUAAUAUCUGAAUUAUAUUUAAAAGGACUAGGGGGGUUUCCUAUACACGUAUACGGAGAAAGCAACAUGAUUGGACAAUAAAACACACAGGGCUGAGCUUGCUUUAUGCAGACUUGCAUCGCGUAGUGCUGCCCUAUGCAACUUGUAGGCCUAAUAAAACAUUUACUCACUG